AUGGAGAGAAGGGUGGAGACGGACGGUGGGUGUAGCGUGUGCAGGUCGAUGGAGAGAAGGGUGGAGACGGACGGUGGGUGUAGCGUGUGCAGGUUGAUGGAGAGAAGGGUGGAGACGGACGGUGGGUGUAGCGUGUGCGGGUCGAUGGAGAGAAGGGUGGAGACGGACGGUGGGUGUAGCGUGUGCAGGUCGAUGGAGAGAAGGGUGGAGACGGACGGUGGGUGUAGCGUGUGCGGGUCAAUGGAGAGAAGGGUGGAGACGGACGGUGGGUGUAGCGUGUGCAUGUCGAUGGAGAGAAGGGUGGAGACGGACGGUGGGUGUAGCGUGUGCAGGUCGAUGGAGAGAAGGGUGGAGACGGACUGUUGA